AUGCGGCUUCCCAAGGUGAAGAACAAGCACUCCGCAGCGGUGCAGGUCUCCGUGGAGGAUCUCAUCCCUGGCCCUCCGCUGAAUCUUUCAGGAAAGAGAUCUUCGACUUCAGAGAUUGGGCCGUCCAAGCUCGAGGCCGCGGAGGAAGCAUUGGCGCUUCAAGAGUUCAAGCGCGAGCGACAGGCGCAGGCGGCACAUUCGGCACCCGAGCCGACGAGGAUUAUCUUCAAAACGCGGGCAAGAUCUACGAAUUCGGGAGUGCGGGCUACGUUGCGAGUCCGCCGUAGUGACUGGGGAAAGCGUCGCCUGCUUUGCAUCGCCAUAUGCAAGGAGGAUGCCUGCCAUUGUCCCAUGGCAAAGCUCCCUCAGGGUUUUCUCCGUUUCUUUGUGGACCACGUCUUUUCAUUCUUGCCGGAUGAACGCCGGUGA